CUGCCAGUCCUCGUAUAACUAUGAUUUAGUACGAAUCAACCGUUCGUUGAUGAUAGUUGUAUAAUAAGUGAUAUUUUCCCGCUUUAAAUAAAAAAUAUAUUAAAAUUUGUGCUGUGGUCAGUUAUAAUUUAUAAAUAGUAAUAUUGAAGAUUUUAUCACGAUAAGAACUAUGACAACAACUUUUUAUGCACAUUGAAAUCACCAUAAAAAAUGGAUCCCGGAUACUUCGAUGCAGAGAAAAAACAGAAUCCUCGUGAGACGGCAAACAUAUUUUCAAAAAUAACGUUCUGGUAUAUUCUUCCAAUCUUCGCUAAGGGAAGGAAGGGACAGCUCAGUAUAUCUGAUGUUUACAGAUGUUCUCCAGAACACAGGUCUACACCUGGGGGAGACGCUCUCGGUGCGAAAUGGCAGGAACAACUCAAUAAACAAAGUAUAGGAAAGAAGCCAUCCUUGAUGAAAGCUAUAUUUGGUGUUUUCGGCUUGGAGUUCACUAUAGUGAACUUUCUGUAUUCUGUCGUGGACACAUCAGUCAAAAUAAUCACACCCACCUGCCUCGAAGGCUUGAUAAAUUAUUUUUCUUCAACAUCCGGUGUCACCAAAUUCGAUGCCUAUAUGUACGCUGUUGGUGUUGUCGGUCUAACUUUCAUAAGCGCCGUCAUAAUGCAGCCCACUAUAUUAUAUUUGUACGAUAUUUCCAUGAGGGUCCGAGUAGCGACGUCUUCACUUAUAUAUAGGAAGAUUCUCCGUCUCGAUAUAAACGCUGGCGGCAAAGCCUCCGAAGGCCUCGCUGGUCAUGCCAUCAAUCUUUUGACCACUGAUGCCCAAAGGUUCGACAUGGCCUCUUUGUUUAUUAUGGACCUCAUAAGGACCCCGAUAGAGGGCGUGGUUGUGACUUAUCUGAUGUACAACCAAGUUGGUGCUUCUACGUUUAUUGGAGUUUCAUUGCUGUUCCUGAUCAUACCACUGCAGGCUUACUUGGGUAAGAUAUCGAGUAGACUACGACACCAGACAGCGAUACGAACCGACAAUCGCAUACGAUUGAUGAACGAGGUUAUACAAGGGAUAGAGGCUAUCAAGAUGUACGCCUGGGAGAAAGCGUUCGCAAGGAUCAUAGGCGAAGCCAGGAGGAAAGAAAUGAACAUUAUCAAAAAGAUAUCCUGGCUGCGUGCGAUCAUGAUAUCUUGCGUGAAGCUCAAUUCCAAGAUCGCGAUAUUUCUGACCCUGGUGUCGUUCAUAUCGUUCAAGAACGAGCUGACAGCCUCCAAGGUGUUCGUGGUGUUUUCCUAUUACAAUAUCUUGAAAUAUUCCCUGGUGGACUUCCUGUCUCUCGCCAUCUCCUUCACCCUGGAGGCGCAGGUGAGCGUGCACAGGAUGCAGGAGUUCCUGAUGCUGCCGGAGGUCGAUAACUGCGACGGAACCGACCUCGUCACCAUCGAGGGGACCAAAACUGUAGCUAUGAGCGGAAUCUUCGAGAAAAUUGGCAACGGACAACAGGAGUACAUUAAGUCUGAGUCUAACCUGGAACAGUUAAAACCAGCUGUACUCGUUAGUUUCAAAGAUUACACCGCGCACUGGAAGAGCUCAGAAGACGAAGACAUGAAGAAUAGAGUGCUAGCGCUCGACGACAUUAACUUAAACAUCAAACCGGAAACGUUGACCACUAUAGUAGGUACCGUUGGUUCGGGGAAGUCGACCCUCCUGCUCGCCAUGCUGCGGGAACUGUCUCCUACCUCCGGUCACCUCGCCGUCCGAGGGAGCAUCGCCUACGCUGCUCAGGAGCCUUGGCUGUUUGAAGCUUCUGUCCGCCAGAACAUCCUGUUCGGUCAAGACCUGGACUUGCGCAGAUACAAGCAGGUCAUCAAGUGUUGCCAGCUGAAAAGUGACCUGGAAAUACUGCCUUAUGGAGAUAAGACGGUUGUAGGCGAGCGGGGUGCGUCGUUAUCCGGGGGACAGAGAGCUCGUAUUGCGCUAGCUCGCUGCGUCUACCAACACGCAGACGUCUACUUGUUGGACGACCCCCUAGCAGCUGUGGACGCUAAGGUGGCCCAGGCUAUAUACGAGGAGUGUAUCCGAUCUUUCCUCCGCGAGAAGGCCACGGUUCUGGUCACCCACCACGUGCAGUACGCCAGACACGCCGCGCAAGUGUGCGUCAUGAAACUGGGCAAGAUCGUAGCUCAAGGGACCUACAACGACCUGAAGAAUGACGUCAAGGAGUUUGAGAAACUGAUCGAGAUGGAGGCCAAGGACGAGGAGAAGAAGAUGAAGCAGAAGGUGGCCUCGUACGAGAACCAGGACAGUCUGGAGCACGGCCACAAGCUCCGCUCGCAGCGGUCGCUGUCCGAGGUGUCCCAGCUGUCCUUCAACACGGACGGCGAAACUAAUAUCGGUCCGGAGUUUGAAGGUGAAAAGCAGAGCGAGGGUUCCGUAGACUUCGGAGUGUACUUCUCCUUCAUAAAGAGCGGCGGCACUCAGUUCACGAUGUUGGUUCUGGGGUCGCUCUUCCUCCUAGCUCAGUUCUUCUACUCCGCGACGGACGUGUGGCUCAAGGAUUGGGUUACCAUAGAGGAGAUGCAGAGCGCUCACAAAGCAGGCGAACUUAAUGCAUCACAAAUACACAAUACAACUACUUCAGUGACUGCUAACUCCAGCCAGCUCAGGUACGAGGAUCUUCCUACCAACCAUUUCCACCUGUCCCGGGAACACUGCAUCUAUAUCUACGCGGCUCUCAUCGUGGUGUCGAUGUUCCUGACCUGGAACAAACUGCUGGUUUUCUACAACACCUGCAUCAAGGCCUCCGUAGUGCUGCACGAUACUAUGUUCAGGGGUGUGACGAACGCUCCGAUGUGGUUCUUCCACCACAACCCGUCAGGUCGAAUCUUGAACCGCUUCUCCAAAGACAUGGGCCAGAUAGACACGUUACUUCCCGUGGCGUUGGUCGACUGUCUCGGGUUCUUCCUGGAGGUGAUCGCCAUUCUGGCUGUAGUGUGUAUCGUCAACUGGUGGCUACUCCUGCCGACCGCCGUCCUGGCGUUCCUGCUUCACCUCAUGAGAUCUCUCUACUUGUGCACGAGCCGCGAGCUGAAGAGAGCGGAGGCUAUCGCUCGUAGUCCGUCGUUGUCUCACUGCGGCGGCACCGUCCACGGCCUGACCACCAUCAGGUCGUGCCACAAGCAGGUGACGCUCGCCAAGGAGUUCGACAAACUGCAAGACCUGCACUCCUCGGCCUGGACCUUAGUCAUCACCACUAACAGCGCCUUCGGCUACUGGAUGGACAUGGCCUGCUGCUUAUACUUAGCUGCCGUGACCUUUAGCUUCUUCUUCUUCAGUGAAGAAGACUCGAGCGGCGGUAACGUUGGGCUCGCGAUCACCCAGGUGAUGGGUCUAGUGGGGAUGUGCCAGUACGGCAUGAGACAGACGGCUGAAGUGGAGAACCAAAUGACAUCAGUUGAAAGAAUUUUAGAAUACAUCAAACUGCCAGCGGAACACCCUGUAGAACCUGACAGCAGGGCGCUGAAGAAUGAACAUCCUGGGUUUGACUUCAGCAAGUGGCCCAGUGAAGGUGAGAUAGUAUUUGAAAACGUAUCUCUGGAAUAUGAAAAGCCUCCGAAGAGUGACGGAAAAGCCGAGACCGAGCCGGCUUUCGCGAUAAGGGGGGUGAACUUUAAGAUAAGGGCCGGGGAGAAGGUCGCUGUGGUGGGGAGAACCGGCGCCGGCAAGAGCUCGCUGAUAGCUGCUUUAUUCAAACUGAGCAAGAUCACCGGGCGUGUGACGGUGGACAACAUCACGUCGGACGAGGCUGGUCUCCGGGCGUGGCGAGCUCGUCUCUGUGCUCUGCCGCAGCGACCCGCGCUGUUCGCGGCUUCCCUCAGAGACAACUUGGACCCUGAGAGAAAAUACACAGACGCAGAAAUAUAUACAGCGCUUAAUGAGGUGGAGCUCCAGGAAACCGUGUCCAGCAUGCCCGGGGGCCUCGCGUCCAAGGUCGGGGACGGCGGCGGCAACCUGUCCAGCGGGCAAAGACAGCUGGUGUGUUUGGCUCGAGCGGCGCUGGCGAGGCGCGCCGUGCUGAUACUAGACGAGGCCACCGCUAACGUUGACACGGAGACGGACAAACACAUCCAGAGAACUAUACGGACAAAGUUCGCCGACUCCACCGUGCUCACGAUCGCGCACAGACUCAACACGGUCAUGGACUACGACCGAGUCAUCGUCAUGGACAAGGGUCGCAUAGUGGAGUCCGGUCACCCCUACGAGCUCCUCACUCACCAUCAGGACCCCUCGCGCCGGCCCGCGCCUGGCAAGACUCAGGUCAGUGACUCGGCAACAGGAACCCCUCCUCCGCGCAGUCAGUUAACCUCACAUCUAUUCCAGGCUCCCCUGGCGCUCCCCGAGGACUUCCUGGCGGCUCCCGAGAGACUGGACGAGGACGAGGAGGCGCUGGUGACGUCACGCGACCGACACAGAACAUACUCCAACAGGUCGGAAGCUCCCGAAUACUUGGGGUUGUUCCGGUCCCUGGUGGAGCAGACGGGGCGAGCCACGGCCGACCAGCUCAUGACACUCGCCAAGGAGAGUUACGAGCGUAUGUUGGAGAAGAAGACGCGCUGACAUCACCUCAGCCGUUACAGCGAGCAGUUAAACUGAACUGUACUAGUUAAUUAUAAUGUUACUUCAUUCUGAAGCAUUUAACUUUUAGCGAAAUUAUGUUGUUAGUUGUUAUGAGUUAAAUGAAUUAAACAGCGAAUUUAAAACGGUCAAAUUUAAAUUGUUAGUAUGUUUGUCCGUAUGUAGCGCGUAACCUCGUUAGUUUUUAUUGCGGGUCGAUGUUUCCUAGUUAAAUUAUUCUACAGGUUUCGUUUCAAUUACCUUGUACUUAGAAAACUUAAUUUUUAUAAGACAAAAAUAAGUUAAGACUUCCGAAUAGUAUUUUUAUAUAAUAUAAAAUAUUAGGUAAUGUUCUGGCACUCCACAGGAAAUAACCGAGGGCUUGUUACUUUGAUAGAGACAUUCAUAACAGACCAAAGUUUUAAAAUUAUUUUUACAAAAUAUUACUAACGAAUCAACAAGUGACGAGGGUUUCGGUUUGAGUGUUGCCAUUCAAAUAAAAAACCGCUGCGAGGCCAAAAUAUUAUGUUACUACGAUAGUAUCAGAAAUAUAUUUAUAUUAUUACAUUUUCAAUAACCAGUCCGUCAAUUAUAUAAUUAUUAUAUAUGUCUAAUUCAUAUUUUCUAUGUAUAAAAAAAAACAUCCGUCCUAAAAUCUUCACGAAGUGCCAUUAUUGAAAUCAAUAUUUACAAUAUAAUAUACUUUACAUCUGUUAUACACACAAGUCAAUACAAAAACUUAACAAAUUAUACACAAAAACCUUCCUCGAGGAUCACGCUAUCGAGCGGUGAUAACUGUUUGAUGAUCGGUGCUGUAGUUUUUCCGUUUAUCGUGAACAAACAGACAGACAGACGCGGCGAGGGACUUUGUUUUAUAUAGACUCGUUAUGCCACGAUCUACGCUCCCGGUUACAGAUGGCUGUACUUAGUAUUACUAUGUUAAUAUCAAUGUGAUAUGUUGCUUCUUUUAUCAAUAAAUACAUUACAUAUAA